AGUAGCUUCUGUAAAGGAGGCGGUUCGUUGUUGCGUGCGCACGUCAGUGUGAGUUUUAGCUGGGUGCUGCUGCGUCGAAUGAUGGCUGCGUCGAAGCCCGUAGAGCCUCAGUCCGGGAGCGGGCUCCCCCGUUGGCAGCUUGCACUCCUGGUAGGGACUCCGAUCGUCCUCGGUGUCGGAGCUGUAUACCUGUGGAACCGAAGUCGCGGCAAAGAAAAGCAAGGGAAAAAGAAUGGGGAGAGGAAAACUCCCGAAGGGAGCGCUAGCCCUGUGCAGGGCCAGCACGGUGCGACCAAUCCAGAGCUGGAGAACAUGAGUCCCCUUGACAGAGCACAGUCUGCUAAGAAUAAGGGCAACAAAUACUUUAAGGCUGGCAAAUAUGAUCAAGCGAUCCAGUGCUACACAGACGCCAUCAGCCUAUGUCCCAAAGAACAGAAAGGAGAUCUGUCCACCUUCUACCAGAAUAGAGCUGCAGCCUACGAGCAACAGCUGAAAUGGACAGAAGUGAUACAGGAUUGCUCUCAGGCAGUCGAACUGAAUCCUUGCUAUAUAAAAGCUCUAUUUAGGCGUGCCAAAGCACUGGAAAAACUGGGUAACAGGAAAGAGUGCCUAGAAGAUGUGACAGCAGUAUGUAUUCUGGAGGUUUUCCAGAACCAGCAGAGCAUGCUACUGGCAGACAAGGUGCUGAAACAGCUGGGAAAAGAGAAGGCCAAAGAAAAAUACAAGAACCGAGAGCCCCUCAUGCCAUCUCCUCAAUUCAUCAAGUCCUACUUCAGCUCCUUUACUGAUGACAUCAUUUCACAGCCUCUACAGAAGGGGGAAAAGAAAGAUGAGGAUAAAGACAAAGAGGGUGAGGCCUCUGAGGUUACAGGAAGCUCAGGCUACCUAAAGGCUAAGCAGUAUAUGGAGGAGGAGAAUUAUGAUAAGAUCAUCAGUGAGUGCACAAAGGAGAUCGAGUCUGGAGGCAGGUACACAGCCGAAGCUCUUCUGCUCAGAGCCACCUUCUACCUACUGAUUGGCAACGCCACAGCUGCUCAGCCUGAUCUUGACCGUGUCAUCAACAUGGAUGAUGCCAAUGUCAAGUUACGUGCUAAUGCGCUCAUUAAACGUGGAAGCAUGUACAUGCAGCAGCAGCAGCCCCAGCUCUCCACGCAAGACUUCAACGUGGCUGCAGAGAUCGACCCCCGUAAUGCAGACGUCUACCACCACAGGGGACAGUUGAAGAUUCUGCUGGAUCAGGUAGAGGAGGCUGUGGGAGAUUUUGAUGAGUGUAUAAAACUUCGACCAGACUCUGCGCUUGCCCAGGCCCAGAAGUGUUUUGCAUUGUACCGACAGGCCUACACUGGAAACAACCCAUCCCAGGUUCAGAAAGCCAUGGAUGGUUUUGAGGACGUCAUUAGGAGGUUUCCAAAGUGUGCUGAGGGCUAUGCUCUGUAUGCACAGGCACUAACAGACCAGCAACAGUUUGGUAAUGCAGAUGAAAUGUAUGACAAAUGUAUUGAACUAGAGCCUGAUAACGCCACAACAUAUGUCCACAAAGGUCUGUUGCAGCUUCAGUGGAAACAGGAUCUGGAAAUGGGUCUUGAACUGAUUAGCAAAGCCAUCGAAAUUGACAAUAAAUGUGACUUUGCUUAUGAAACUAUGGGAACCAUUGAAGUCCAAAGGGGUAAUCUGGACAAGGCUAUAGACAUGUUCAACAAGGCCAUCAACUUGGCCAAGUCAGAGAUGGAGAUGGCCCAUCUCUACUCCCUCUGUGAUGCUGCUUAUGCCCAGACGGAGGUGGCCAAGAAGUAUGGGCUCAAGCCUCCCACGCUAUAACUCUUGCCUCUUUUCACCACCCUCUACUGCCAGGCCACAGUACAUAUCCCAUAACCCAUUUUUUUUUAUACUUCAUUAUAAUAAUUAUCAAUGAAAAGGAUGGCCCAACAAGUUCUGCUACCACGCUUACACCAGUUUUUAUUUGAGUACUGGAAGGUGGCACAGAAAAUGGAGGAGGAGCAGCAAAAGUAAAUAAGAUAAAGCAGAAAGCAAGCAAGUGAAAAAGACUGAUGGCUGCUUUGUUUGAUAUCAAAUCAUCGGUGCCAUAGCUCACAUCCUCCCUCACUGAGUAUGGCUUAAGCUAUCUUGCAACUUGCAACAGUACUCAUUUGUUCAUGUUCAGCCUCCCCUGCCAAUUGGUGUGACAAAUGUGAAUCUUUUUGAUUAUAUAAUCUUAAUUUAAUGGUCAGCUAUGGACAAUGGGGUCUUUAAUCAGUACUUUUUACUUUUUUUUUUUUUU